AUGAUAGCCCCGUCGUCCCCAAUUACCUUCCCAGCGAGCUCGUCUCCUGUUAAAGCCAAGAGACCUCGCCCAGCAGAACCACCGAAGCAGCACAAGCCCCGCGUUCUUGCUGGAUUCCUCGCAGACGACGAUUCAGACGAAGACGACAAUGACGAUACUACACAACAGCCCUCGCCGAAGCGGCGAAUGUUGAACUACGACACCCAGAAUUCCGAAGUAACCGCGCAUGAUGGCAACGAGACUCGAGAGACAACGCCCCCAGAGAGCCAACCGCCCCAGGAGUCGGAGGAAGAAGCAGAACGCUAUGAUCGUCUCUUUGGAACCCAAGCCACGCAAAUCUUCCCUUCUCAGCCAACACAACCCUUGCCCGAUUUUCUUCAGGAUGACGAGUUCGUUCCCGCCCCCUACGGCAUGUCAACAUGCUCCGGAAAAACGAUCCCGAUCCGCGAGCGCAAACCUACCGAGUCCGUUUCCUACGCAACAAUUGUAGCGGCACGGUCCCGAACAAAAGAAGGCCGCGCAAAGAAGAGCUAUUUUGGUAUCGACAUACACAGUCUCAUGGACAAGGCCGCUCAGGAGCUUGCGAAGCCACGGAAGAAGACGACGGUGCCCAUUGCGCCCCCUGUACACCCAGACAAGCCACUGCUGUCCGUUGAACCCCAAGCGCAGCCGAAAAAGCAACGGCGGACACUUCUCUGGACCGAGAAAUACAGAGCCCGGAACUUUAUGGACCUCGUUGGCGAUGACCUGACAAAUCGUCAAGUGCUACGCUGGCUCAAGAAAUGGGAUCCAAUCGUCUUUCCUAACACAGCCAAGACUCGUCCUUCUGCUCGCCGUCAACAGCAGCAACAAGGUCAGGAAGAGGAGGAACGGUUGCACCGCAAAAUUCUCGUGCUCCAUGGUCCACCAGGUCUUGGCAAGACGACGCUGGCACACGUGUGUGCCCGGCAGGCUGGAUACGACGUUCUCGAGAUCAAUGCAAGUGACGACAGAAGCAAAGAUGUAGUCAAGGGGCGCAUCCGGACAACCUUGGGAACCGAAACAGUCAGAACUCUUGAGAACAAGAAGGCGGGAGAGACCGGGAAAGGAGACAAGAUUGCGCGGCCAAUAUGUGUGGUUGUGGAUGAGGUGGACGGCGUGGUUUCUGGAUCCGGAGCAGGCGGUGAAGGAGGGUUUGUUAGGGCGCUUAUUGAUCUUGUCACUACCGAUCAGAAGAAUUCUUCGGGACAGGGAGGAGGGAAGAAGAAAGGGGACGAUUUCCGCCAGAUGAGGCCGCUCAUCCUGAUUUGCAACGACGUCUACCAUCCUUCUCUUAGGCCACUCAGACAAUCUGGUGUGGCAGAGGUUAUCCAUGUGGGGAAACCCACUGUUGAAGCCGUGGUGACCAGGUUGAAGGCUGUUUUCGAGAAGGAGGGGAUUCCCUGUGACCGGGAUGCCGCACGAAAGCUAUGUGAGGCUGCUUGGGGAAUGACCAGUGGGCAAGAUGUUCGGAAGGGUGCAGAAAGUACGGCCGAGGGAGAUUUGAGAGGUGUCAUGGUGGUGGGAGAAUGGGUUGCCGGAAGGCUCAAAGCAACCUCAAAACAAGCCACGCCUUCUCUUACCCGGCAAUGGAUAGACCAAAAUGUCAUUCAAGAUCUAGCUCAUGGAGGAGGAGGCGCCAGAGGCAUUGGUCGCGGCGGCGUCAGAGAAAUCGUCAACCGCAUCUUCCAAGAAGGCGCUGGCUUCCCCAAACAGAGCCUGCCCGCCGCCGCGAAGAAGAAUGCUCUUCACGAGCAACCGCAGGCCCAGCUAGGCAUCUCUGAACAAACCAAGAAAUAUGCCAUGUCUCGCCUGCGUGAGAUGAUUGACACGAGCGGAGAGGUUGACCGGAUCAUGACAGAGAUCUUCCUCGAAUACCCCAACCGUGACUUCAACGACGACUCCUUCCUGACCAAGCCCGACAUCGCCUACGAAUGGAUGCACUUCCACGAUACCUGCUCCUCCCGCAUUUUCUCGGCCCAAGAGUGGGAGCUAGCGCAAUACAUCUCCCAACCCGUCCUGGCAUGCCACCACCUCUUUGCCUCCGCGCGUCGUCACCAGCCGGCUGCGCACGAAAGGAAAUGGGGUGAAGACGACCCCAACGAGGCACCUCCCCUCCCCUUCUCCGGCCCCAGGGCCGACUACGAGGCGCGCGAGGCAGAAAAGCUCAACCGCGCCAUCCUCCAGGGGAUCCAGGACUCUUUACCGCCCUCACUAUCACGAUCCUUCCGCAGCCCAGAAGACAUCGCCACCGAUUUCCUUCCUUAUCUCGUCCGCUUGGUGUCACCAGAUGUUAAGCCUGUCGUUAUUGGGGGGAGCGACAAGACCGGUUCCAUCGCGAGCGUCAGGCGAGAGGGCGAAAAGGCCAUGGUGAGAAGAGCAGCCAACGUGCUGGCCGAGGUUGGGAUUCAGUUACACAAAGGCAAGAUUGAAGACAGUAGUGGCGGGUUGGUGGGCAGGACGACGUGGGUGUACCGGAUGGAGCCAGACUUGGAUACCUUGGCCACCUUCGAGACGGCGUCUGCCUCCCAGUUCCUUUUUUCCCAAGCACCACCGACACGAUAUGCCGUCCGCCAAGUGUUGGAUCAGGAGCUGGCCAAGACGAUUGCCGCAAAAGAAACAGCCUCUCGCCAGGCACGGCUCAGAGCCGGCGGCGGUAUCAUCCCCCAUUUUGAUGACAACAACAAGGAAAAUACCCCUGAUCAUCUACAAAAGCUGGAGAUGUUAAAGCAGCAGGACAAGAUAGCAGUCAAGAAGGACUUUUUCGGGAGGAUUAUUGUGCCCAAGCCGGUGUUGAAAGAUUCAAGUGGGAAUGGAACGAAAAAUACAGGGGCCGACGGAGAAAAGAAGGACAGGGUUUGGGUUACGUAUCAUGAAGGGAUCAAUAAUGCUGUGAGGAAGCCGAUAAGUUUGGAGGAGUUUUUGAGGGGGUUUUAG